AUGAGAUCCACUUCAUCAUCAUCAUCAUCAUCAUCAUCAUCAUCAUCAUCAUCAUCAUCAUCAUCAUCAUCAUCAUCAUCAUCAUCAUCAUCAUCAUCAUCAUCAUCAUCAUCAUCAUCAUCAUCAUCAUCAUCAUCAUCAUCAUCAUCAUCAUCAUCAUCAUCAUCAUCAUCAUCAUCAUCAUCAUCAUCAUCAUCAUCAUCAUCAUCAUCAUCAUCAUCAUCAUCAUCAUCAUCAUCAUCAUCAUCAUCAUCAUCAUCAUCAUCAUCAUCAUCAUCAUCAUCAUCAUCAUCAUCAUCAUCAUCAUCAUCAUCAUCAUCAUCAUCAUCAUCAUCAUCAUCAUCAUCAUCAUCAUCAUCAUCAUCAUCAUCAUCAUCAUCAUCAUCAUCAUCAUCAUCAUCAUCAUCAUCAUCAUCAUCAUCAUCAUCAUCAUCAUCAUCAUCAUCAUCAUCAUCAUCAUCAUCAUCAUCAUCAUCAUCAUCAUCAUCAUCCUUUCUUCUUCUUUUUCUUCUCCUUCCUCUUCUUCUGCUUCCUCUUCUUCUUCUUUUCCUUCUUCUCCUUCCUCUUCCUCUUCUUCUUUUUCUUCUUCUCCUUGUUCUUCUUCCACUUCCUGUUUACUUUACAUCCGAUGAUCUAUUACAUCAGAUAAUUGAGAAAACGAAUUAUACAAAUUGUGUGUUAAUAUUCAGUACAGAUGAAUCGAAUCAGUUAUUAUGUAUAGCUUCAUCAGAUGAGUUAUUUACAGGUCAAUUGAAAAUAGAUGUUGAAAAACCUCUACUCGAAAAUAAUUCACAUUUAUUCAAUGAUUCAACCAUACAAGAAAUUGAACAGAUCCAUAUAAUUGAUAUUAUUCAAAGACUAUUCAAUGAUAAACCAUUAGAAUUAUUAUUUCAAUCUAAUCAAAAGAAAUUCAUCUUCUAUCAUCUUGGCUCAUUUCUUAAAGAGAAUACCAUUCUAUCCAAUACAACAACUAUAGAUAAUGAUGAUAAUAAUCCUAUUGUAAAUGUUUCUAUCAUACUUUGUUUAUGGUCUAAAUGUUCCAUAGAUUAUUUAACUAAUGAAAAUGACCUAACUAUUGGUUCUCAGAAAAUCCAUACUGAAAUUAUUGAUUUAAUAGAUAGAUACAAAGAAAAAUUAUUGAUUACGUACAAACUUCAAUAUUUUUAUGAACUAAAACUGUUUAAUGACAUUCUACAUAAAGAAACAAUAAGACUUAGUUGUAUUAUGAAUCAUAGAAAUUUAUAUGAAAAUGUUGCUGAUAGUUUAAAGAAAUUAAUCAACUAUGAUUGUAUAUCAAUUUAUCAUUUUGAUAAAAAUGAACAAGAAUGGAUUGAAGAAUUAAAACAGUAUCCAAUGGAAAAACAAGUAGUUUAUAAAAGGCGAUGGAAUAAAUCACCAUGGAUGUUUGAAAGUCUUCUAAAACAAAAUGAGAUCAACAUUGAUCUUACAACUUUGACAAUAGAUUCAAUAGAUUCUAUCAUUAAAUCUAUUAAUCAACUAGAUUUAAAUGUAUACUUGAUCCAUUUGUUCUUCCAUAAUAAUGAUCCAAAUCAUUUAACCCUAAUAGAAUUUCAUAAAUUGAACAAUGAUCAACGAUUUUCUAAAUAUGAGAAAUAUUUAUUAUCAAAUUAUAUUACUGAUUUCUUAAUGAUUAUAAUGCCUCAAGUUUACUUAAACAAUGAACUACACAUAAUGCGAAACAGAAAUGAAAUAAACUCUGAACUGGUUGCCUAUCAUAUGAAAAUCUCGGAUAAUGAAAUUACUCAACUGAUUGAUCAUAAAAUUCAUAGUUUAACUCAAAUACAUCCAAAUUUCAAUGAAAUAUCUUUUCUUUCAAGAAGUGUUAAUGAAAGGGAUUCUACUGUAGCUAUCAUGAUUAUGUUCAAUAAUCUUGGUUUUAUAAAACAAUGGAAUAUAUGUCAAUCUAAAUUAGCAUAUUUUAUAUUAACCAUAAAGAAUAAUUAUCGUCAACCAACAUAUCAUAAUUGGACACAUGCAUUUACAGUUGGACAUAUGGCUUAUCUAAUAUUAACUAUUGAAAGAGCAUUAAUUCAUCAAUAUUUAGAUGAAAUGGAACAAUUAGCAUUAUUUAUUGGAGCAUUAUGUCAUGAUAUUGAUCAUCGAGGAUUUAAUAAUCAUUAUCAAACACUUAUUCAUUCUCCACUUGAUGCUGUUUAUGGUUAUAAAGGAUCUAUACUAGAACAUCAUCAUAUUGAUCAGACAAUGAGAAUAUUAAAUAUGAAAGAUUGUAAUAUAUUAAGUCAAAUGACUAAAACAGAAUAUGAAAGAUUUAAAUUAUUAUUAAAACAUAUUAUAUUAGCUACAGAUUUAUAUCAACAUAUUUCAAUUAUCCCGGAAUUCAUUCAAUUAUCCAAUGUAUCCUAUGAUCCAUUCAAUAGACGACAUCAUGAAUUACUUUUAUCUAUUCUAGUUACAUCAUGUGAUUUAAAUGAUCAAUGUAAACAUUGGUUGAAUACACUUGAUACAGCUAAAUUCAUUUAUUAUGAAUUUUUUCAUCAAGGUGAUUUAGAAAAAGCAUACAAUACAAUCCCUUUAUUAUUAUCAUUUGAUAGAGAGAAUGCAUUUAUACCAGAAUUACAAAUACAUUUUAUUGAUUCAAUUGUUCUACCAUGUUUUAAGAUAUUGUCGAAGUUUUUACCAAAAUUUCAAUCCACUCUUUAUACUAUUCAUAAGAAUAAACAAAUUUGGGAAAUUCUAUUAGAAAAAUUUAAACAAAAUCAAUUAAUAAAUUAUACAAAUGAUUUAUUAUUUAAUAAAUAUUAUAAUAAAUUAAUAGAAGAAUAUCUUUGA